AUGACACACAAGCCGCGUCCCGAACUGGCGCGCAGACCGGAACCGGCCUCAGGCACCGCUCACUCCUGGGAGAUUUGGGUCCGUUCAGCCCGGGUGAAGAUCCAAGCGAUGACCACCUUCUCCUCCGGACUUGGACCCCAGCCCUGGAUCCACGCUUCCUUCUCCUUCCGCGGCGCCGGGAGCACCACACACCGGGACACCACCUGCAGGAGGAAACAGCGCAAAGACCGGGACGACGCGCACAAAGCCUCCGAGGAGACUGCAGGAGACCAGGAGUACGCUUUCCGAGUGAGCGAGGGGUCUGCAGUGACUCUGAGGUGGGAGCUCCAGUGA